UUCAGAUCGUCUUUGCAAGCAUCUUCAGGGAAACUAUUUCAGACAGCGGAAGAAAAUGUUUUGCUCAUUUGUUUUCAUCUGUUUGUGCUUUUCCUGCCUGGUUGGUGUGUUUGCUGAUUCAGGUGUAGUGAAGUCAGUGAUGGAGGGAGAUCCAGUCACUCUGGAGUCUGGUGUUACUGGACUACAGGCAAAAGAUGCGUUAAAGUGGAAUUUUGGACAUGAAAAGAAAACUAUAGCUCGGAUCAAUAAAGAGGCUGGAAUCUCCUCCACAUCUGAUGGUGAUGCUGUGGGAUUCAGAGACCGACUGAAGCUGGAUCAUCAGACUGGAUCUCUGACCAUCAUGAACACCAGAACAGCAGACUCUGGACUUUAUCAACUAAUCAUCAGUGGCCAGACAGCGAUCAAAUGCACAUUCAGUGUUAAUGUAUACAAUCAUCUGCCUGUUCCUGUCAUCACCAGUGAAUCCUCAAACUCUUGUUCAGUGCUGUGUUCAGUGGUGAAUGUGAGCGCUGUGAGUCUCUCCUGGUACAAAGGAAACAGUGUAUUCUCCAGCAUCAGUGUGUCUGAUCUCAGUAGCAGUCUGCAUCUAGAUCUGAAGUGUCUGGAUGAUUCCUAUAGUUGUGUGGUGAACAUUUCAAAUACCAAACAGACCACACAUCUCACCAACACUGAAAUCUGUCAACCAUGUCCAGUCACCACUAUUAAUUCUUCACCAUCACCUUUACCUACUACAGAAUCCUCAAAAUGUGAACAUCUUAAUAUCACUGAACUCUGCCAGAAACAUGCAGAACUCGUCGGCGGUUGGGGUUCUGCUGAAGUUGGUCUCCGAUUAUUCGUCACUGCUCUGAUGGGCGUGGCUGCUGCGGCUGCUGUUGUUCUUCUGGUCAACGACAUCAGAUCUACAAGAGCUUCAAUGACCAAAACGGGAGAUUUAUCAUAAAUAUCAAGACACAUGUUAGAGUUUUAUUAUGCUAAGAUGGAAAUAUAACUAAUGGAAGGAAAUGUUACUUUAGAUUGAUCAUUCAUAGCCCCAAGUGAUGAAAUAUGAUAUGAUUUGAUCUGGUGUUUAAAACAACAAUUCCUUAAUGUUUUUACUCUUUAGAGCAGGGGUCUGCAAACUUUGCAACCAAAAGAGCCACAAAAAAAAAACAAAAAAACAAACAAACAUAUUUGACCUUUAAAUGAAUGUUACACAGUUUAAUAAAGUGCCUUGUUUCUCCACUAAGAGGCAACACUUUGUUUUUUUUUGUGCUGCUUUAAUUUGACUUUCACUUUCAUAUGUGAACUUAUGUUUUAGCUUUCAUUUGACGAUGCUUUACAUGGAUACUGGAUUCAAGUGUGUCUUAACAGAAAUAUUCCUGUGUAACAUUUGAUUGCUAAACUAUUAUGAAAAUAUUUGCAUUUGUGUGCAAGUAAUGUGCAUGUUUCAGUUUACCUUUGGCCUAGUAAGUAAUAGUAAGUAAUUUGUGUGUUAUUAUUGUAUAUGUAAUUUUGCAUUAUAAAUUCAAAGCUAGUUACAUUUUGUGAAUGUUGUCUUGUUCUGUUUUGAUUGGUAACAUUUAAAGGAUUUACUGAUAGCUUAAAAGUUAAACAGCCGCACAACUGAACUUGAUUUUAUCUUCUUUUAAUAAAAAAAAACUUAAAAUGUUGCUUAAAAGAACAUAAUUUUACCAAAUAAAUGUGUCUUUGUUUCUGUAAGUACCAAGGUUAAAAAAAGCUAAAGGCAAUGUUCUGUUUACAUGAAGCAAACAUAUAAUAACUUGUCUAAACAUCAGAGAACCAUAAACUAACGUUAUCAGAACGUUCAGGGAACCAAAAACUGUUUGAGACAGUUGUGAUGUGCUAUUUAACCUCCAAAACAGAAAAUAUUUAACCAAAUGAAACAUAGAGGAUGUUAACGGUGAGAACUCACACUUAAAAGUACAAAGUUUUUCUUCAGAGAAAGAGUUUACAGGGGUCAAGUGGACCAAAACCUUUCAUUAAAGUUGUAUUAAAACUAUUGAACAACACCCACUCUUGUCUUAAGACUUUCCUUUUUUGGUCCACUUCGACUACUGUCUCUGAUGACUCUGACCAGAGUGCUUACCUCUAGAAGCUGUGGUGAUCUGAUUGGUGGACACUGCUCUGGUGGGCGUGGCUGCUGUUGUUUAUCUGGUUUGUGAAGUCAGAUCUACACCAGCCUUAAAGAGG